AUGGCCGACUCACCGGUCACCAUCCGAACUCGCAAGUUCAUCACCAACCGACUUUUGUCGCGAAAGCAGAUGGUCCUUGAUGUCCUCCACCCCAACCGCCCCAAUGUCUCCAAAGACGACCUCCGCGCCAAGCUGGCCGAAGUCUACAAAUCCAACAAGGACCAGAUCAACGUGUUCGGUAUGCGGACGCAAUACGGUGGCGGCAAGUCCACCGGCUUCGCUCUCAUCUACGACUCGGUCGAGGCCAUGAAGAAAUUCGAGCCGCACUACAGAUUGGUCAGAGUGGGCCAUGCCACCAAGAUCGAGAAGGCCAGCAGACAGCAACGCAAGCAGCGCAAGAAUCGGUCGAAGGAGCUCAGAGGCACGGCCAAGACAAAGGGUGCCAAGAAGAGCAAGAAGGAGAAAUAA